AUGCCAGUAUCGAUAGACCACACGGCACACCCAUACCUCCUCGACCUGAUCAUCUCGUACGCGCCACUCGCGUCCCUCCUCCAGCUACGCGCAACGUCGCGCGGCUUCCGCGAGCGGGUGCGCCCGCGCGUCGAGCGGCUCCUGUCACGACACCUCAUCCUCACGCGCACCACGAGCGAAGACGGCGACGGCGAUGGCCUGGCACUCUACCCGCCCUCCAAGGGCCGCGCGGACCCGCGCUGGCACAUCGGCAUCGUGCCCUCUACCCUCGUCGUGCUGGAUGUCGACGUCGGCGAGUUCGUCCCCCACGAGCUCGCGACGGUCACAUCUACCACCUCGCCAGCGCUGCGCACCCUGCGGCGGUUCAACUGGCCCACGAGCUCAAUCUUCAACCCGUUCACUAUCCCCUCGGUCUCACUCGGCACCGUGGUCGACUUUGUCGACCUGUCAACCCACCCGCCGCUGGGCAGCAGCGCGCCCCUCGUCGACUCGGGCGUGACGCGCCAUGUGCUGCAUGUACGGUGGGACACGAACGCGUACGCUCCAGGGAGUCUCGGCACGCUGCUCGCGCUCCCGUCCGUACACGAGUUUGUGCUCGCGCUCUGGCCGUUCUCCGUCCCGAAAGCCCCGCCGCCAAGCACCCGCGUCUACGUCGACCUCUGCUGCAUCUUCAACUCGCUCAUCCGCGCGGGCGAGCGGCCGCUCGUCACAGUUGUCGGGCUUGAGCAUGUUGACCCGAACCAAAUCACCGAGGAGCGCGAGGUGCCGUUCAAGCGCGGCUGUUUCGACGCGACCGUCGCUGCCUUCCGCGAGGAGCUACAAGCCCAAGUCGCGCUCUUCCGCGAGUCUGGCCACGCAGAGGAAUUUGCCUUCGAGUGCAUCACCUUUGAGGAGUGGCACGAGCGCCUGGGCGACGACAAGGACGACAUUGGAGUCUGGCCCGAAGAGUGGAAACGCAGGUGGGUGGUCGUUGUGGGUGAACAGAGCUGA